AUGAUCAACAACAUCGUUGUGGCUUUGGCUUUGGCCUCUGCUGCCUCUGCUGCUCCUCUCGCUCGCCGCGAUGAGUGCCAGGAUGCUUACAAGGCCUGCAUCGCUGCUGGAACUCCCGAAGUUGCCUGCAGCUGCACCCUUACCGCUUGCGUAGGCGAGGACAACGCUCGCAACCGCGAGUACUGCGCCAGUGCCACUGCAUCUCUGUCUCAGCCUUCCAAGACUGAGAUCCCAGGUGGUUGCAACCCUGCCCAUCCUGGCUCUUGCCCUUCAUCCUACUUCACUUACACUCAGACUGCCCCUGUUGAGACCUUCACCUCUAUUCCUGGUAUCCCUGGUGGUUGCAACCCUGCUCACCCUGGAUCCUGCCCCUCCUCUUACUUUACCUACUCCAAGGUUACAGUGACUGUCGAUGAGACUUCGACAGUCAAGCAAACCUUCACCUCUAUCCCUGGCAUUCCCGGAGGCUGCAACCCUGCUCACCCCGGAUCUUGCCCUUCCUCCUACUUUACCUACCCUGUCGCCUCCUCAACUGCGGCUCCUCCGGCCCCUCCCGCUCCCGCUCCCACUGGUGGCUCUGGCGAUGUCACCUACCCCAGCCCCAAGCCCGUCGACGGCAAGUCUUGGUCCAUCAAGGACUUGACCCGAUACUGUGGCGAGGACAACUCCGGCUGCGACUACAACUUUGCCAUUGAGGCCGACGGCAAGACUCAGCGAUGCACAGUCAUCCGCAUGCCUGGUGCUGAUGCCGCCACUGAGAGCUGGUCUGACCAGCCUUGCACCGAUGGCUCCGAGUACAAGGUCUCUUGGGGCUAUGUCACUGAGCCCGCUCCCGCCUUUGCUGUCAUUACUGUUGUCAAGGGCAAGGAGCUGGCCUGGUUUGGUGUCUCUGAUGUCAACGGCCAGAAGGUUACCCCUUCCAACCCCUUUGGCUCGGGACAGUACGGCAACUUUGGCCCUGAGCCCGUUUACACUUAUUAG